UCUAAUUGUGCAAUAAAUCAUUUAGAGUCAUUACAAAAAUGUCCCACUGCCACAGAUAUGAGAAAUUUGAAAGCUUUGAGCUUUGGAAGGACAUUUUUUAAUCAGACGUGUGGCCCCCGUCUGUGCUCGUCAUAAGCGGGGGUGCGCGAGCACACCAUUUACCCACAACCCCUUGCGGCACAGCUGUAUCACACAUUUUAUUUAAGGAGCAACGUUGCUACGGUGGAAAUCCUGCUAAAUUGACCAAAUAUUGAGCCCCCUCAGUCGCUAUGAUGUGUGACACCGCGAACCGGAGCUUUCGGACACAGCUGGCCGUCAUCCUGGAGAAACUAACCAAGGCGGCUCUGGUGGAAAUCGGAAACCUCGCUGAUGAGUGCUCCUCUGUCCUUCACACCGAGAUAUCGCUGCACAAAACCGAGAACGAAGCGCUGAAGAAGAGGUGCUACUCGCUGGAGGUCCAGCUGAGGGCGGCGAGGGAGGCUCAGCUCUACCCGGGCCACGUCCCCAGCAGCGCCGGCCGCAGGCUGACCGCAGAUCAGCACCAGCCUGCACCGGCCAUCGAUGGAGUGUUCGGAAAGGACUGGUGCAUGGAUCUGUGGAGAGAAGACAAGCUGCCCCCUCCGAGAGGAGAGCUAGUGGAGGCUCCUGUUAUGAGCAAUAUGGGUGCCCAGGCAGUGGACAUGAUGGUAAGGGAACCUGACCUCAUCUUUGUCAAGGAGGAGAUGUAUGAUGAUCAUCCCAUUGGCCAGCACAUGAGGCACCCAGAUGACAGAAAAAUUAUCGGGAUGUUUGAGGAGGACGGAAUGCUUCCCAGAUCUGUUGAUGAGCUGCAGCUUCACUCGGGGGAGUUGAAUAACUUCCCCAUGGCGUCUGAAAGUCAGAUUCAGCAACGCGCACAGCCGACCAUCAUGGACAGGUUGAUAGAUGACGCAACCAUGAGCACUCUGACGGAAAACACCAACCCCCCCUCGGCCCCCGUGGAGCACUUGGACUACGCAAACAGCAUCAGCGCCAACGCAACCAAAGAUCCCGCCGUCCAGGCAAAACUGCCCAAGCCGGUGAAGAGGUUUGAGUGCUUAUUCUGCGGGAAAACCUUUAACUAUCUCAGCAGUCUGAAAGUGCACAUACGGCGGCACUCGGGCGAAAAGCCGUUCAGCUGCUCCGUGUGUGGGAAGUGUUUUGCACAAAAGACGUAUCUGAAACUGCACCAGCGGGUGCACUCGGGGGAGAAGCCAUACAGCUGCCAAGACUGCGGCAAAAGCUUUUCCCAGAAAAGCUCCCUGAACAUACACCUCCGGACGCACACUGGCGAAAAACCUUACAGCUGCGUGGAUUGUGGUAAAUGCUAUGCGUAUAAGUAUGGAUUAAACCACCAUCAGUGUUUCAACUGGCUGGUCAAACCAGAGGUGUUCGACACUGAUGCGCUGGGCUCUGUUCAGAGUGGCUCCACCUGCGCCAGCAUGUCCAUGUGAGCCCAAACCUGGAUGGAUGGGGAAAAAACACACAAAAUUGAUUUAAAGUGCUCCAUUUUUUUUUAGCACAAACAAGUGGAGUGUUUGUUAACGGUGUUGCUGUACAUGUUUUCAACUUCCUAGCAGAGACAUAUGUCAGCAGCUAAAAAAAAACACGAGUGGAUAGCUCUUUUUAUUUUUUGAUGGGUCAUAGGAGGGUGUAGGGUUAGGGAGAUUGAUUAGGCUUUCCAUGCUACAUUUCACAAUGCCCUCAGCUUACAAGAGAGAUCAAUUCUUUAAGAGACAAACUCCUUGUAACGUUGGGAAAAACCAAAUGGUAACCUCCACGUCAUCCACACGUGUAAAUACCUCAUACAUCAAGCCACAAAAGUCCUGUCCCAGAAAAGGCCAAAAUAAUUGCUCUGGGAAGUGGCUCAACAGUUUGCACACUUGUAUAAUAAAAACAUACUUUAAAACUACCUCUUUGCAACGAAGUGAAAACAAAUCUCUGUGCUUUAUUGCCCAGGUGUCACCACAGCUUUCUAUUCCUCAUAUGCCAAGCCUCAUUUCUGUAAAUGGCAUUAAACUGAGCAUGGAGGCCUUGAAGAACCAAACUGUCCAGAAACCGCUGACUGAUGCUACCUUUUAAUAAAUAUAUUUUAUGGUGCAUCAUAAUUGUAUAUAGAGUGUUUGUGUUUUCAACAUGCCAAAUGUUUAAUUUAAUAUCCAGUUUUAGUUAACUGUUAACUGUUUUGUAUCUAUUUAAUAGGUCAGGAUUUGCCAGUGAUGAUUCCCAGGAACAGAGCAGCUGACUGAAUUGUCCCUGUUCAGGGCAGACGUCUUUGUCAUGGAGAUUUCUGUUUUCAGGACCUCUACUGCUAUUUAGCUUUGUUUAAAACUGUUCAGGGCAAAUACUGUGGCUGUCUUGCAUCAUAAAUGUCAUUAGACAAAAGAUUGUUCAUAUUUUAAAAGGCUUGAUAUCAAAUAAAAUUUGA